CGGCGAGUGAUAGACUGAAUCCAACGGUCAGAAACAAAGAGAGAGGAAGAUCUGGGAUGCACAGAUGAAAAACCAAACCCUAGUUAGAUAGGUUCAGUCAGUUACCAAUCGGUGGUGGCAAAGGAAUAUAAAUUAAUUGCAACAUAUCUUUGGUGUGUUUGUUCACUACGCUCUUCUCCGCCAUUACUGAACCAUUCAAGUUUUAAUCAAAAACGAUGUCGGACGAGGAGCAUCACUUCGAGUCAAAGGCUGAUGCUGGAGCCUCCAAAACAUACCCUCAACAAGCCGGCACUAUCCGCAAAAACGGUUACAUCGUUAUCAAGGGACGCCCCUGCAAGGUUGUUGAAGUUUCAACUUCCAAGACUGGGAAGCAUGGUCAUGCUAAGUGCCACUUUGUUGGAAUUGAUAUCUUCACUGCAAAGAAGCUUGAAGAUAUUGUGCCCUCUUCUCACAAUUGUGAUGUUCCUCAUGUGAAUCGUACUGAUUACCAGCUUAUUGAUAUUUCUGAGGAUGGAUUUGUGAGCUUGCUUACUGAAAAUGGGAACACCAAGGAUGACCUCAAGCUUCCUACCGAUGAGAGUCUUCUCUCUCAGAUUUUCUCUAAUUGGGUCUGUAUCAUUGAUUGCUCUCUGCAGAUAAAGGAUGGAUUUGGUGAUGGUAAGGACCUUGUUGUUUCUGUCAUGUCUGCUAUGGGUGAGGAACAGAUUUGUGCCCUGAAGGAUAUUGGGCCAAAGAACUAGCUUCAACUACUGGCAGUUUGUUGUUUCCAUUUAAGCAAAGAUAUUUUUGUAAGCCUUUAUAUCCUUUUUGUUCAAGACUUGGCUCAUAGAUUCUAGUCAGACCAGUCUUACCAAUGGUGUUUGUGGAUGUGGUGACAGAAACUAUUAUCACAUUUUUUCGUUUUUAUCUAUUGUCCCGUGACUUUCUUAUAAAGGAGGAUGAGUAUAUUAUGAGAAGUUGUCUUUUUUUCUUA